AUGUCAUUUGAUAACAAGCAAGAUCCACCAGUCUAUGGUGUUGAAGAUUUAGAAAAGGGCCCAGCCGUUGAUGAAAAGUCGAGCGAAUUCGAAUUAGAGACAGAAGUUGAUUCCGACGAAGAAACUCCUCUCUACCACGGAAAGAGGCACGGUGGUAAAGGACAAUUUUUCGGUAGAGGAAGAGGUGGUAAGCACUUCAAGCACUUUGCUCAAGGUCCAUAUGCCGCAUACUAUGCUCAAUUCCCACCUGCACCUCCACACCACCACCACCAUGCCUUUGGUGCUCGUGGACACCACCACCAACAUGGAUUCGGAUUCCCAGCUCCACCACCUCCACCACCACCUCAUGGAGUCUUUGCUGCUCAAUCCAAUGACCCAUACUAUCAUCCAUUCGCUGGUAAGCGUAAGAAGAGAUUCACUUUAAAGAGAGUCGUUUUCCUCACCAUCAUCGCUCUUUCUGCAUUUGUCUUCUUCGGUUUAGGAAGAGCUUACGAAUGCAAACAAAUGGAAAUGUUCUCCUCCAGGGGUCACCACGGUCGUCCACACCAUGACUUCCGUAUGCAAGAAGGUGGUCGUCACCACGGUUACAAGCCAAAGCACAAGAAGCCUCACCACAAAGAUGACGAUGAAGACGUAGAAGCCGAACGUUUCCCAGGUCAACACCACCAAAACUCUAAGGACCAAGAGAAAGGUCAAGCUCAUCACCAAGAAGAAUUCCACGCCGAAGGUGAAGAAUUAAAGGGUAAGGGUCACAAGGGAGCCAAGGGUAAGGGACACAAAGGUGAAGGAGCCAAGGGUAAGCAUCACGAAGGUGAAUCCAAGGAUGAAGUAAAGGGCCAAGAAGGUGAAGCCAAGCAACUUAAAGGCGAGCACAAGGGUAAGCAUCAUGAAGGUGAAACCAAGGAUGAAGUAAAGGUCCAAGAAGGUGAAGCCAAGCAACACAAAGGUGAACACAAGAGUAAGGACCACAAGGCCAAGGGUAAGAGUCACAAGGGUAAAGAUCACAAGAACAAGGGUGAAGAUAACAAAGAAGAAGUUUCUGAGCACCAAGUUGAACCUGUCUCCGAAGAGAAAGAACAAGAUCAAAAAUAA